UGACGCGUACCAUACGUCAGUAUUGCCAACUCCAACCGCGCGGUUACACCUAUUCCCGCCAAGUGACAACUAUUUUCGAGUGACCUUCACUUUGUGGAUUUUGUUGUGAAUCGUGAAAAUAUUGUCGUUUUUUUAUGAGAAUAAAAAAGCUUUAAUCAUACUUGGAUGUUCCGCUUACUUGGCCGCCAUGGACUCAGCUCCGUAGUUUGAUACAGAAAAAGCGCCAUUAUGAGGGGUUCAAUACACAGUACCGUUUAGCAGACGCUGCUGCACAUCGCAUAGUGAGAUGCGGCGGCAGGGUCGGCUAUCGGCUGGCGGCGCGCUUAUGGUGCGUUCCGCCUCUGCCCUACAAGUUUGGCUGUGGUUGCUGCUCUUUGUAUUUCAAAACGAAUUCCGGAUAUCGAGAUCCAUACAACCUGGGUAUUUGGAUUUCGACAAUCUCCCUGAAACGAAUUUCACAUGUACUGGCAAAGUAAUUGGUGGAUAUUAUGCAGACUUAGAAACAUCCUGUCAAAUGUUUCACGUGUGUACGGUGGGACAACAGGAUGAACCUAUGGAUAUCAAGUUCCUUUGCCUAAAUGGUACCGUUUUUGAUCAGGAAACGCGUGUCUGCGAAAGAGUCGAUGAAGUUGACUGCACUAAGUCUGAAAAAUUUUACAGUUUAAAUUUAGAAUUAUAUGGAAGUACAGCACCACCUAUUAUACCACCAGAACCAAAACCCGUUGUGACCGAAUCGAAUAAACAAUCCAAAACGAGUACGGAGACAGAUCCGUAUUCAAAGGAUUCAUCGACUUACUCAGAUAAAACGCAAAAUCAAACGACAGAAACUGUAGACUCAACCGAAGAUCCACUACAGGAAGUGAACAAAGAUGAACAUACACAACAUAUUAAAUAUAGACCUUCGCAAACGACUACAGUGAAGGAAGAAGAAGAAUACGAAGAAGGAAUAGAUGACGAAUACGAAGAUGAUUAUUCUCACCUGCUUUCAACAACAACUCGAGAACCAAUUACGACUACAUCUACGACAACAAAACGUCCAUUAUCUAGCACAACUUUGGCAUCAACUAGCCAUUCGCCGAUACCACACAUUAUUUCAUCUUCUCCCAAACUAUCGUCAAUAUCGCCACCUUCCUAUUCAACGGUGGCACCAACAUUUAACCCCUCAUCUACUUUGGAUCCAUCAUUACUCUCACCUCAGGAAUUUAUCUAUCGACAUCGAGGCCCUGGUGCUGAAGCCAUAUCUUUCCAAAGACAAAGUUUUCGUCCAGCAGAUGGUGUUUACAUAACACACGCUCCCUCGCAACAAUUCGAUCACUUUCAAUAUGAGUCAUCAAGAACUGUUCCGCGACCAACAGCAUCACGCCCAAUUCCUUUUGUGCAGCGGCCCCAACCAGCCCCAUUUCGAGCAACAACUGUAGAUCCACGAAAUCAAUUAUUAAGACCCGGGCCAUCGCCGCAAGUGCCUGAGCGCCAUGAAAUAUCUAUAAAACAGCAACCUAAACCAUAUCCAUCACCAUUGCCAUCACAACACCCAUUGCCAUUUAACCCUUUCUAUUAUGACCGAAAACGAAGUGAAGAUUCUAGUCCAGAGGAACAAUCUUCUUUAUCAGCUCGGUCUGUAGCACCGAUAACAGAAACGAAACGACCUCCGCUGAAGCCAAAAAGCCCACCACGAGUUAUAGUCACUGCUAGUGCAUCUGUGAGCGAUAGCAAUGGAAAACGGUUGAAUUAUACUGUCGGAAAUGUAGUUAGUGCUGUCAAGCCAAUAGUAGCAAUUAAUUAUGACGACUAUAAGGAGACGGAUUCCAUUUUUGAUCCAUUCUUUUUGGAUGUACCAAAACUCCAAGCACGGCGCAAGACUCGAUCUAAUAAAAAUAGACAAAUUUUUACCGUUUCGGAAACUGCAACCAUUUCUUCUAUUGAAGGAUCAAAUAAGAAGCCCAAAGCAACUUUGUCACCCGUCACUCACCGAGCGACUACCUCAAAACAUUCAACUGAAACACCCAAACCGACGACAACAGUUACAUGGAACCCUGAAGACUAUGUCGACGACAACUAUGAACCACAUGCAUAUAUACCACCAUUAGCAGUUCUGUUAAGUCAUGAUAAUAAAGUAAGAAACAAAGACAAACACUCAGUUAAAGAAGUGAUUGGGGAUCGGGCCCCACAAAGUUUGAAAGUGAUACGCAUUGAACUAUCCAAACCGACACAAUCUGCUAUGCAGACAAUCUCUAGUCAAACUGCGGGUUCUGAGGUUGUACCCACAAAUGCCUCGCCUUCACCCCUUGAAGCGCCCGCUUGUGAAAAAUCGCGCUCAAAUGACUGUCGGAAUCGUGCCUAAUUAUUUUAAGGAUUAGCUCACUUUGAAAUAGAUAAGUAGUUUCAUAUUUAUAUAGCUAGUGAAUUUAAUUUCAGUUUUAAACUUUUCUUGUGUAAAAUCUGCUUUCUUUUUAUAAGUAGUAAAUUUGGCUGGAAUGCACAUAAUAUGCUCCAUACAACGUGUAUAUAGACAAUAAUUCGAUCGAUUCAUUUCUAAAUUAUUAUGAUAUUAUGUCCUGUUUUUGACCAAGUUUAAUUUGUAUACAUAAUUUUAUAAAAACAAAACUGUAAAUAUUACCAACAUUAUA